AUGGACAGAGUGUAUCCAAAACGGAGGGGUCUGCAACAAAAACCGCACAGUGCCGAACGCCUCAUUGAAGACUCUAAGCAGCCCGCAACAAGGGAGAAGAGCCCACCCACAACACCGCCUGAAUAUUCCGUGGAAGACUCGAACCAGCCAGCGACGCAGGAGAAGAUACCACCUCCCGAACACCUCAGAGAAGACUCAAAGCAGCAUGCGUCGCAGGAGGGGAAGACGCCGACUGAAUAUUCCACGGAAGAUUCCAAGCAGCCGCUCGGUGCUGAACGCCUCAUUGAAGACUCCAAGCAGCCCGCAACAAAGGAGAACAGCCACACCACAACACCGCCUGAAUAUUCUGUGGAAGAUUCCAAGCAGCCGGCCUCUCAGCACCCACAGAAAUCUCAGUGGGAACACUUGAUCUGCCCUAACUGCAAAGCCCUGCCCUGGGACCCUGUAGUUGGACGGGAUGGACAAAUCUACGAGCGCGAGUGCACUCAGGAGGACAACAACGAAGCCAGCAAGGGAGAGAAGGUAUCCCCAGCACUCUGGGUCCGGCAAACCAUAGAGGCUCUUGCGGAGGCUGACGUUGACAACACGGACCCACUCCUGUCACAAUGGAAAGAGACAAAACAAAAGAAGGAAGAACAGAAGCUUUAUCCGUUGACCAGGAAAUGCCCCAUGCAGGGGUUGGUAUGCCCCCUGUCGUUCCAGUUGCCCUGGAACCCGGUCGUGACGGAGGACGGCAUAGUGUACGAGCGCGAGACAAUAGAAGAGCACCUGGACUGUUUUGGAUUUUUGGGAGGAGUGUCACCAAUCACCAGAGCAAAAAUGGGCGCCAACCUAAGGCCAGCCCAUCAGUACCUUAAUACAAUCAAGACUCUAGUGGGCUCCGGCGUCAUCCACGGAUAUCUUGCCUAG